GUUUCAGGAGGCACUGGUGACAGUGGAGCAUAAUACUCAGGGGCCAUGCACAGCACCUGCUUUUAAUGCAGCAGUGAUCUCGAUGGCAUCAGCCUCUGCCUUCCCUCGGCAUUCAAGCAGCAAAUCAAGCCUCUUGGAAAACGAAGAAAGAAAAUGGAUGAUGCAGUGCAUAGCCCCAAGCAACGUUGGUGUUAAGAAGGAAGAAAUAUCACCUUACUCCCUGCUCAAAGUAAGAAUCAUAAAGUUGAGAAAUGCUCAUCAGGCAGAUUUUUUAAGCCAACCUGAUUGCUACGUGAGCCUCUGGUUGCCAACUGCUUCAGAUGAAAAAUUCCACACCAAAACCAUCAAAAACUGCAGAAAUCCAGUGUGGAAUGAAACUUUCUACUUCCGGAUACAGAAACAAGUCAAGAAUAUUCUGGAAAUUACUGUUUGUGAUGAUGACAUCAUUCAUGAUGAUGACCAUGCAAUUGUGCUUUUUGAUGUAGCUAAGAUCCCCCUUGGGGAAAGAGUGUUUACGACAUUCCCACUAAAUCCACAGAGGAGGGAGGAGCUGGAAGUUGAGUUUGUAUUGGAGAGAAUCUGGGGUCCUGCUGAAACCAUCAUCACAAAUGGGGCGAUAGUGUGUCGUGAAGUAGCCUGCUUGGAAGUUCACAUGAACAGCAGGAAGAAAAACAAGCAUUUUUUGGAGAAUGAGCUAACAUUUACAGUGAGAGGAUCCUUUGAAGAAACCCAGAGAGUUUCAGUGGGCUGUGACUCCUGCUCCCCUCUCCCAGAUCCCACUUUCUUCCACUAUGCCAAAUACAAGCAACCGUCCUUGGAUGUUGCCCUCACAAAGAAGAGGAGGCUUCCCACCUUUUGUGCUUGUGUGUCAUGUGGAGCAAGGAGAAGCAUCCCCCUGACCUUCCCUCUGAAGUCGCUCCCCUCCGAGCAAGAAGUAGUUGGCGAGAACAGAAAAUUUGAUUUGCACUUUAAGGUGAAAAAAUGCCAGGAAGACCUAGACAUACGCCUGGGGUUCGACCUGUGUGCCCAGGAACAGGAUUUCAUUCGCAAGAGGAAGAAGGUGGUUGCAGCCGCUCUGAAGGACAUUCUCCAGCUGGAGGAGGACUUGCAGGAGGACGAGGUACCUGUGGUGGCAAUCAUGACAACGGGUGGUGGAACCAGAGCUCUGACAGCUAUGUACGCUCACCUUCUCAGUGUACAGGAACUGAAUGUCUUGGAUUGUGUCUCAUACAUCACUGGUUUAUCUGGCACAACAUGGACCAUGUCAAACUUGUAUGAAGAUCCUGACUGGUCCCAAAAGGAUCUUAAGGAAACACUCAAUGAUGCCCGAAAACAUGUGCUCAAAAAUAAGUUCUUUACUUGUUUUGCCCCCAAUCGUCUGAAAUACUACUUGAAAGAGUUGUGCCGGAGAGAACAGGAAGGGCAUCAGAUAUGUUUUACAGAUCUAUGGGGACUCAUCAUUGAAACCAUGUUACAUGAAAAGGAGGACUCCCAUAAGCUCACAGAUCAGCAGCAGGCAUUAAAUCAGGGUCAGAAUCCCCUGCCCAUCUACCUCUCUCUCAACGUGAAGGACAAAAUCAGUGACCAGGAUUUUAGAGAAUGGGUGGAAUUCACCCCUUACGAGGUAGGAUUCCCGAAAUAUGGCACCUUCAUCCGUGCAGAAGAUUUUGGUAGUGAGUUCUUCAUGGGUCGCCUGAUGAAGAAAAUCCCGGAAUCCAGAAUCUGCUUUUUGGAAGGGAUCUGGAGUAGUGUAUUUUCCUUGAAUCUGAUGGAUGCUUGGUAUAUAUCUGUUAAUUCAGAAGAUUUCUGGCACAAAUGGACCCGAGACAAAAUUGCUGACAUAGAUGAUGAAACCCUAUUCCCUGCAAGACCAAAUGAGCUGGAUACUCGAGUGGUUUGUCCCACUGACAGCUUUUCAGACAUUUUCCGAGAUGUUGCCAUGUUACGCCCAGCAGCUUCAGAAAUCCAUAACUUCUUGAAGGGCCUCCAGAUGAACAACAGCUACCUAGAGAGCGAGUUUUCCAAAUGGAAAGACUGCGAGCUUGACACUCAGCCCAACCACCUGACAGUGGCAACAGAUUACCUCAUCCUGAUCGACACGGCAUUUGCCUUUGCUACCAGUUACCCACCCCUUAUGAGGCCAGAAAGGAAAGUGGAUGUCAUUUUGCAUUUCAACUACAGCUCAGGUUCCCAGACAGGGCCCCUGAAAGAAGCCUCUAAAUACUUUGCAAAACAGGGAAUUCCUUUCCCUACAAAGGUGCCAGAUGAUCAGGAAACUCCGCAUCUAAAGGAAUGCUACAUUGUUGGUGACAAGGAGAGCCCAGAAACGCCUAUUGUGAUAUUUUUCCCUCUAGUAAAUGACACCUUCCGGUACUACAAAGCACCUGGUGUGAAACGCAGUCUCUCAGAGAUGGCAGAGGGUGAUGUUGAUGUUGCCAACAGCUGUGGUCCAUAUUACAUAAACAAUCUGAGUUAUUCAGAGGAAGAUUUUGACAAACUGGUGAACCUGAGUUACUACAAUGUCCAGAACAAUAAAGAUUUGAUUCUUCAGGCCUUGUAUACUGCUGUGGAGCGGAAAAAGCAGCAUAAGAAAGAGCAACCAUUGCGAAAACCAUCCAGUGGGGUUGGUGUGUGUGUGCCUGAUAGCGAGAGAGCCCACCAUUUGGUUGACUGCUCAGCACCAGGGAAUAUGAAAUAAAAUAACUAUGAAUCCUGUUAAUGAAGAAAAAAAAAAAGGAAUCUGAUUAAGAAGUGAAGAAAAGCUAAAGAAUGCUAAGAAUAGCACUUUGUUUGUCAUUGAAAAUGCUACAGCCUGUCUGUCAGUGAAGGGAAUAAACACAAAAAACAGAGUUCUUCCUUAAUGAAUUAAUGUGCUUCCCUCGUUGACAACCUCGGGAGUGUGGCUAAGUGAGGCUGUGCUCCACUCGUGCCUGCAGAAAUGACUUUUCAGGCCAAGGCCGAAAUGCAUGGAGAAGGAAGUGUGAAGAUAUUUAUGGUGUGUUUGUGCUCUACCUGUGCUAUAAGAAGAGAGGGUUGUCAGUCCAGAAAUGCAGCAGAACACAAAAUCCAUUGUCUCUAAAACAAAAUCAAGAAGCUUAGUUAUGAAAUAAGGAGUCUUUAUGUGAAUGUAAAUAAAUAUUAAACUUUGUAUAAUAAAACACUUUUUUGGAGUCAUUACAGCAAAUAAACAUUUUUCACAGCAAAUACAUGUUAAAGCUAUUUCUUUUAGGUGCUUCAUCCUCUACUAGCAAGGCAAUUAAAGACAACAUCCAGGUUUAUUUCAUAAGUACUGAACAAUAAUUGAAGAAGAAAUUAUGCCUGCUCCAGACCUAGAUGUGAACUGCCCCAGGAUCCUGGGUCCCCUUGAGUUUAGUAUUACAUUUAAGAGCCAUCUCUACAAGGACUAACUCAUGCUAAUUUAUUUUAUUAAGCUGGAUUUAAAUGCUACUGAUAUAUACCAAAGGUUUAAAGCCUUAAAGUUUUUGAGAAUGUUACAUCUGACAAGACACAAGAAACGCAGACAGACCAGAUCUAAAAUUGUAUACCUAAUAUCACUCACCCAAAAGUGAUUUUUAAACUUGGUGUAGAAUAUUACAACUGAAGUUAACAGAACGUUAAUUUUCAACCUCCUGGUGCUUUGGUCGUGACAUUCAUAUGGCUCCUUUCAAGCAAGCGGUCUGUCUUUUUGACAGAUGGAAUUCCAGAUCUCUAUUUAUUCUUUUUCUAUGUUAACUUGUAUUCAGUGCUAUUGAUUUAUUUAUUAGAUGUCUUGUACCUACCAGCCCAUUUUUUCUUAUAGGCCUCCCCCCUCCUCAGAUCUGCUGUAGUGUCUUUUGUCAAGAGAUCCUGUUAUUGUGGGCCAAAAAUGGAAGCCUUACAAAUCCCUUUGCCCUCAAGGCUGAGGGUCCCCUCCUAGGUGGUGCACAGAAACAUAAUCCUUCGGUUUCCCAGUUUGGCCAGUGAACACUUACCUGUGGUGCACACUACAGGAGCCCAUACAGCUCCCGUGCGGGCUGUACGCCCCACAGAAACGAGAGCGCAAAGACGGCAGUCGUGUUGACGCAUGCCGGAUCUCAUCGCAAUAUGGGACGGGGUCUAACCAGAGGGCACAGCCAGACCUGGGAAUUUGGAAGGACGCCCAGGUUCCCAUAUACAGUUAGAGCUUUAUUGUCUGAAGGGCAAAAAUUAUCCCACUGACAGCAGGAAGUCAAAAGACAAGCAGAACGAGGUGUGUGAGUGCAAACGCUUCCCUGCCCUUCCUGCAGCUUGCCAGCAGCCACGAAGGGGUCACAGAGAACAAUGAAUGCUUUACCCCAUUUCAAAAAGCAUACAGUGGAACAGAAAUAAUUAUUCGGUAUCUCUGAGUUCCUUCUUCUCAACAAGAAUACAGAGGAAAAUGCCAGGGCUGAUCAAAGAGGUGGAAGAGCUUCCACACAAGGGGUGGAUAAGGAGUCUGCAACCUAGAAAAAGGACAACAGGAGCAAAAGGCAGAAAAGAGAGAGACCUAUGAAAUCUGGAGUGCCCUGUGGGAGAUGAACAGGGAGUGACUGUGCACCUCUUCUAACACAAGACUUGGAUCAGACAAAACUAGCAAGCGGCAGGUUCAAAGUUAACAAAGUAAGGUAGUUCUGCACACAACAUACAAGUGAGUUACAGGCCUCUUUCACCCCAGAUGUUGUUGCUGAUAAACGUUUAUGAGUUCAGAAAAACUGAUGGAUGCAUUCACUGGAAAUAUUUUAAGGGCUAAAAAAUACAAAGGCUUCACAUCUUCCUCAGCCCUGCACUGAAUCAUCAAAUCCCAGAGGCUGGGCGGACAGUCUGAGACAAUACUGUACCUGCUCUCUUUCUGUGAUGUUUUCCAGUCACUAAAUACUGGGCACAUCAAGGACAAGUGGGAAAGAGGUCUCACCCCCAUUGGCAGUGCUUAGGUUUUCCACAGCUCAGAUAUUUUUGCAGACAAUAAAUGAUUAGGAGUAGUCAGAACUCCUAAAGAUGUGGUGAUACAACACUCGUUUAAAAGAAAAUUCUUAAGUAACAUGGAGAAGAUGUAAGUAACUGCAGGGAUAAUUUGAUCACCUAUGGAUUAACCUACAGGGAAAAAUCACAAAAAUGAGAGGAAUACAAUACUAAUCUAUAUAAAGGGGAUUUUAAAAAAUGAGGAAGCCAGUCACCAAGACCCUACACGAAAUGGUAUAAAAUCUUCAGACUCAGCAUGGAAGUUGCAACAAGAGAGUUGCAAAACACGUGUACAGCCCUAAAUAACAUGCAAAGCAAAGAACCAAGAAAAUGCAGAGUGGUUAAAUGCUCAGGACUAAGAAUGAUUAAAGCCCUUUGAGGAACAGCAUGGGGAGGGGGGAGAAAGGGCACUGCUAAACCUGCUGACGUAGAGAAAAGGUAAUAGUCAAGAUGGAAAUUAGGAGGAAGAAAGGUACAUAGCUAAAAAUAUGAAUCAGUAGGUGUGCUGGACCAGCAAAAAGGGAUUUAAAUGAUUUAAAUGAUAAGGAUGCUGCAAAGGAGCCAUGGCCAUAAAUACGGAACAUGAAAG